AUGGCGACCGCAGCGGCUUCCCCAGCUGCUGGCAACAACUCCUUCAAGGACAAGGAGAAGCCGAUGGCCGUGCGGGCCUCCAACAUUCUCGCCGCUCGAGCUGUUGCCGAUGCCAUUCGAACAUCGUUGGGACCCAGGGGUAUGGAUAAGAUGGGACAGACUAUUAUCACCAACGAUGGAAACACUAUGCUGAAGGAUAUGAGCGUGAUGCACCCCGCUGCGCGCAUGUUGGUCGAUCUGAGUGCUGCACAGGAUGUUGAGGCCGGUGAUGGAACUACUUCGGUCGUUGUGAUCGCCGGUAGCCUGCUCGGGGCUGCUGAGCGACUGCUGGCCAAGGGUCUUCACCCCACAGUCAUCUCCGAGUCUUUCCAACGCGCCGCGGCCGCUGCUGUCGAGAUCCUCCACAAUAUGUCCCGUCCGAUCAACUUGAACGACCGAUCUACCCUCCUCCAAGCUGCAUCGACCUCUCUUUCCUCCAAGAUUGUUUCCCAGCACUCUGGUCUGCUCGGACCUAUGGCUGUCGAUUCUGUGUUGAAGGUUGUGGAUCCUGCCACUGCAAGCAAUGUCGACCUGCGCAAUAUUCGAAUCGUGAAGAAGGUUGGCGGGACCAUUGAGGACAGUGAGAUGGUUGAUGGUCUGGUGCUUAACCAGCCAGUUAUCAAGAGCAGUGGUGGCCCUACAAGAAUCGAGAAAGCCCGGAUAGGUCUCAUUCAGUUCCAGCUGAGCCCACCCAAGCCUGAUAUGGAAAACCAAAUCGUAGUCAACGACUACCGCCAGAUGGACAAGAUUCUGAAGGAGGAGCGCCAAUACCUGCUGAACAUGGUCAAGAAGAUCCAAAAGACAAAGUGUAAUGUGCUUUUGAUCCAGAAGUCCAUCCUCCGUGACGCCGUCAACGAGCUUUCCCUCCACUUCCUCUCCCGCCUGAAGAUCCUCGCCAUCAAGGAGAUUGAGCGCGACGAAGUUGAAUUCCUGUGCAAGUCUCUCGGUUGCAAGCCCGUCGCUAACGUCGACUCCUUCACCGAGGACAAGCUCGGCACCGCCGACCUGGUCGAGGAAGUCCAGGCCUCCGGAGCCCGCUACGUCAAGAUUACCGGUAUCAAGCAGCCCACCACCGGCCCAACCAACCAAACCGUGUCGAUCGUUGCCCGCGGAGCCAACAGCCUGAUCCUGGACGAGGCUGAGCGCUCCCUUCACGACGCCCUCUGUGUCAUCCGCUGUCUCGUCAAGAAGCGCGCGAUGAUUGCUGGAGGCGGCGCGCCAGAAGUCGAGGUCGCCCACACCCUCGCCAUGAGAGCCCGCGAGCUCACAGGCACUGAGUCCAUUUGCUGGAAGGCCUUUGCCGAUGCUAUGGAGGUCAUCCCCACCACGCUCGCGGAGAACGCCGGGUUAAACUCGAUCAAGGUUGUGACUGAUCUUCGACACCGUCACGCACAUGGCCAACACAAUGCUGGUGUCAGCAUCCGCAGUGGGGGCGUGAAAGAUGACAUCACUGAAGAAAACAUUCUCCAGCCGCUGCUGGUCAGCACUAGCGCUAUUGAGUUGGCGGCGGAGACUGUGAAGAUGAUCAUGAGGAUUGAUGAUAUUGCCCUUUCGCGGUAG